AUGGACCAACAGUUGUACAAUAGAGCAGUUUAUAAGUACAACUGCGAAGUUCAAAGGAGAAAAGUUUGUGUUAUUUCAUGUUUAUUGUUUUCACUUGAAGAUGUUUUAUCAAAUGUUAAUAGAAGAUGGAGGAUACGUCCAUUACUUUGUGAACGUUUAGUCCAUAGUCAUUAUGCUACAAUGUUAAGUGAGCAUCAACUUUCGAAUUCAGACCUCUUUUUUAAUUUCACAAGAAUUUCGUCAUCAACUUUUGAAGAACUUUUAAUGCUGAUAGGCCCAAGUCUUGAACGGAAGGUUACUAGAAUUGAUGUACUAAAUGUAGGAGAAAUUUUAGCAAUGACACUGAGAUAUCUAGCUACAUGGGAAAGCAUGACGAGAAUUAUGUAUGAUUUUCGCGUGGGGAAAUCAACAGUCUCUAAAAUUAUAUUGGAAUGUUGUAACAUUUUGUGGGAUGUAUUGAAAGAUGAUGUAUUGUUCACUCCUAAUGAAGAUGGGUGGGUUAAAAUUGCUGAUGAGUUUCAAAGUAAAUGGCAAAUGCCUCAUUAUGUAGGAGCUCUUGAUGGGAAACAUGUUGUCCACCAAGCUUUUCUGAAGAGUGGUUCAGUUAACUACAACUAUAAAGGGAGUCACAGCACAAUUCUUAUGGCAAUGUGUUAUGCAAAUUACAAUUUUACUUGUGUAAAUAUAGGAAUGCCUGGCAGGUGUAGUGACAGAGUCGUUUUUAAAGCUUGUGAAAUGGGGAAAAAAAUUAUUGACAAUGAUCUAUUAUUUCCAAAACCUACAGCAAUAAGCACCAACUCUGGAGACUUUCCUUUUUAUAUUGUAGCUGAUGAAGCAUUCCCACUACUUCCCUCAUUAAUGAGACCUUACCCAGGGCGAGGAACAUCAAAAUUACCUCUGAAAUUGGCAAUUUUUAAUUAUAGGUUCAGCCGAGCAAGGCGUUGUAUUGAAAACUGUUUUGGUAUUCUUGUGGCAAGAUGGAGAAUUUUUAGUAAAGUGAUCAUUGCUAGUGAAGCAACUGCAAAUGGUAUAAUUAAAGCUACUGUGGUUCUUCACAACUUUAUAAAAAUGAAAGAAACUGCAAUAGGUUUACACAAUUAUGUUACAACUGCAAUUAAUGGAGAGGGUCAAUCCCGAAAUCAAAGAAUGUCAGACACAUAUAGUGGUUUACAUCCAGUCGGUCAAAUGUCGUCCAAUCAUUAUAAUAUCAUUGCUAAAAACACACGCAUUAAAUUAACGGGGUAUUUUGCAGGGGAAGGUUCUGUGCCCUUUCAAUAUUUAAUUUGCUAA